AUGACAGAAGUACUCAGUGCGAUUUCAACUUCCUUCACCCCGAGGUCCUCGCUCUUCCAGCCUCCUGACUCCCCGACGACGAAGAGGUCCCUGGGUAUACAGACUGGAGAGAAAGAGGAGACCUUCGAGGGUAAACCACUAAGCCAGCUUUUCCCUGAGGAGAGACGUGGAUGGCGCGGAUACGUUGAGUGGGAGCUUGCACCAGAGAGGAAGAAGGCGGCGCAGGAGAUUCUAAAGACAAAGAACUUCACUCCAAUCCCCGAAUUCCAAUUCGUUGACCUACCCAAGAGUCUUUGGAAGCCGAAGAAUAUAAUCCUUGUUGGCCACCGCUGGAAAGAAUAUCAUGCUGCGCUGGGUCUCCAGCAUAUUGUCGAUUUUAGCUGGGAAACUGUCCAACGCGAGAAACCUGACCUGAUACAUCUGUUGGAUUUCCCGUAUAAUGGCGAGACGACGAGAGACCAGUUGAUGGAAGGGAAGAUCACGGACAAUCGGUAUCAUUUUAUACGGAACCAUGGUGGUGUGCCUGACAUCGACGCAGACGAUUACGAGCUCGAGAUUGGUGGACUAGUGAACAAACCGGUCAAGAUCAGCUUCAAAGACUUGCAAGAUCCAAACAAGUUUCCUCAGAAAGAAGUGACCGUGACGUUGCAAUGCAGUGGCACACGUCGUAUCGAACAAAUCGGGGAGUACCCAGGUGAUGGAGACGAAUUGAUUAAUGCACCAUGGGGUGAAGGCGCUAUCGGUACAGCGGUGUAUCGCGGUGUCCCACUAAAGAAAGUUCUCAAAGUUGCAUGUGGUGGCGUCAAACCGGAGUGCAAACACCUCGAAUUUAUCGGUGCUGAUACCUAUUUCAAGAAAGGCACAGUAUACAACUACGCAGUCUCCGCGCCCUAUCGCAAAGUACGCGCAAAUGGGGGUGAAGAAGUCCUCCUCGCAUGGUCCAUGAAUGGCCAGCCUCUCCCAAAGAUUCAUGGAUAUCCUCUUCGAGUCGUUGUAGCAGGCUUUAUCGGCGCACGUAGUGCCAAAUGGGUGUAUCGUAUCAACGCACUGACAGAGCCGAGUAUGGGUCCCGUACAGAGACAAGAGUAUUUAUAUUAUACAAGUCAAAUUGGGAAGCAGAAUGCGAUGUAUUCGAAUGGGUUCUCGAUUCAGAAUAUGCCUGUUUCGAGCGCGAUCAUGCAUCCGUCGGACAAGCAAGUUAUCGUGCACGAUGGGAAGAUCAAAAUCGACGGUUGGGCGUACAGCGGAGGAGGCAACUGGGUUGAACGUGUCGAAGUUUCUCCGGACGGUGGCCACGUCUGGUACGCAGUGCCUGAAGAAAACCUUACGAAGAAGCACUACCACGCCUGGCGUCUCUGGCAUGUCGAGCUCCCUGUCGACGCAGAAGGAUGGCUUGAGUUCUGCGUUCGCACAUGGGACUCGUCGAAUAACACACAACCGACAUUCGUCAGGUCUGCUUGGAACUGGGAUCUCCAUGUCACAUCGUCGUGCCACCGCGUCAAACUGUACAGUGUGAACCGCUCACGCCCCGCAACACAGAGGAGACUCGAACUCCUCCAGAGGCAUGGUGCUAGCAUCGAAGACCUGAGCAAGCCAUUUGAAGGUACACUGGAAGAUCCGGAGGCGUAUCUGCAGGCUUAUAAGAGUCAUGAGAGGGAGCCGGUAGAUUGA